AUGCCCAAGAACGAGAGUACCGAGCAUUCUAACUUGUGUCCGAAAUUCCGAGGAGUGCCCGAAUCUGAUAGAGGGGAUACUGGCAAAUCGUUUGAGAUUUUUCUCCGCCGCUUCGAGACCUACCUCGAGAUAAAAGGAGUGAUACCUCCUGUGAACCCCGACGAUGCCGAGGCCCUACAACGCUAUGAGCGCAAAAGAGUGGGCUUGCUUAAAGCCGCCCUCAAAGAUCAAGCAGCGGCACUGGUCUAUAGUCUUCCUCAAGAAGCCCAAGUCUGCUAUGAAAAAGUCACGAAAGCUCUACGAAUGGCGUACGGUCUGGACCCUCUGGAAGCCUACAAUCGCUUCAAGGGUCGUAAAAUGUCGGUCAAUGACAAUGUGGACUCUCAUAUCGCCCUCCUCAGACACGACCUUGCCUGUUGUCUACCCACGGCUAGUCAGGAAGCCCUGCUGAAACUUCAACUCCUAAGUGGGCUCCCUUCCGGUUCCAAUGCUAAAGCUCAAGCAUUGGCUAAGGAGUCCGCCACCACUACCCUAAGCCAGCUUAUGGAGACG